GUCAUUCUAACAAAGUGUCGGUGACGAUUAAUGAAAACAAGUGUUCUCAAUUACAACAAACUAACUUUAAUAGCAUUGACUUUUAAUCUGUCUUUAAAAAAUGUUCGGAAGAAGUUUUCAACUUAGUUUGAUCGGCCUAAUUCUACUGUAUUUGCAAUUAUGCUCAGGCAGAUGUCCUUCUCACUGUGACAGCAAUGUUAAAAAUUUCGAUCUUAGCGAGCUUGCUGGCAGAUGGUAUGUUGUAGCUGCUUCACCAGUAAGACAUACAGUAAACACAUGCAUCUACUUUGAUAUCGUUGUGAUCGGACCUAAUACGUUUUCAAUGAACUUUACAUCUGCUAGCUAUCCAAAUGCACGAACUUUUUCUUGGAGCGUAGUCGGCCUAAAAACGGGAAACAAACUAAGCGAGCUCUGGCAAAUGAAUGGUUCGCCAAAUAUAUUCGGUCCAUUUUUUCAAAAGUUGCUGGCAAUGGACACCAACAGUUAUUGUGCUUUGAUCACUUGCACUGAUCAUAAUCCUACCAUGUACAGAGACUCUUUUGGAAUGGUAUUGUCAAGGGCGAAAAGAUUGGUGGACGCUGAUUUACUUUCUAUGAAAGAAAAAAUUUCUUACUAUAUUAACGAAACAGAAAUUGUUGAUGUCCCAAAUUUGUGUUGGAAAUGACGUGUAAUUUAAUAAUCUAUAAA